AUGAUCUUUGGAUUCCCUUCCGGAGAUGUUAGCUACAAUGAAGAUUUGCUACCGCAAUCAAAGAAAGAAAAGAUAUCAGUCGCUUCCCGAGAGGAGCUCCUAGGAGGGUUGAAGGCCAAGAUUUUUGCUUCUGGAUCUGGAUUUCUAGUCAGAUCAAUUGAAGAAACUUUGCAAAUGGACGGCGGUGUUGGCGUCGGCGGCGACGCAAAAGCCAUGAAGGUCGAACCCGUUCCGAGAGCUGAUCAUGGAUUCAAUUUGGAACCCGACGUCUCCGUUUCUUCGCCGGUGACCAGGCAGAAGGCUGCCGCAGCUAAACAGUUGAUUGAGAAUCAUUACAAGAAUUAUCUACAAGGAUUGCAAGAUCGUAAAGAAAGGAGACGAGCUUUACAGAGAAAGGCAGCUGAAGCGCAAGUAUCCAGUGAGGAAGAGGAGCAGAUGCUUCGCAAUUUGGAGAAGAAGGAGACGGAAUACAUGAGAUUGCAGAGGCAUAAAAUUGGGAUCGAUGAUUUCGAGCUUUUGACAUUGAUUGGUAAAGGUGCUUUUGGCGAGGUGAGAUUAUGUCGUGCUAAAAGUAAUGGAGAAGUCUUUGCGAUGAAGAAGCUGAAGAAAUCAGAGAUGCUUAGUCGUGGACAGGUCGAGCAUGUUCGAUCUGAGAGGAAUUUGCUUGUAGAGGUUGAUAGUCGAUGCAUUGUAAAACUGUUCUAUUCUUUUCAAGAUUCUGAUUACUUGUACCUUAUCAUGGAGUAUCUACCUGGAGGCGACAUCAUGACUUUGUUAAUGAGAGAAGACAUUCUUUCUGAAGAUGUUGCUCGAUUCUACAUGGCUGAAAGCAUCUUAGCCAUUCAUUCUAUUCACCAACACAACUACAUCCAUAGGGACAUCAAACCAGAUAACCUAAUACUAGACAGAAAUGGGCAUCUAAAGUUAUCUGAUUUUGGGUUAUGUAAACCCUUAGAGAGUAAAUUCUCAUCAAUAUUAUUGAAUGAUGAAGAUUAUGCAAAUCAAGGGCCUAUAAAUGACACUGAUGGGCAACAAGUUCCUUGGUUAAUGCCAAAGGAAAAAUUACAACAAUGGAAACGUAAUCGACGAGCCUUGGCAUAUUCCACAGUUGGAACUCUUGACUAUAUGGCACCCGAAGUGCUUCUAAAAAAGGGAUAUGGAAUGGAGUGUGAUUGGUGGUCAUUAGGGGCAAUUAUGUAUGAGAUGCUUAUUGGGUAUCCCCCUUUUUGUUCUGAUGAUCCUAGGAUGACAUGUCGCAAGAUUAUCAAUUGGAGAACUUGCUUGAAGUUUCCAGAAGAACCAAAAGUUUCAAAAGAAGCUAGGGAUUUGAUUUGUCAUUUGCUAUGUGAUGUGGAAUCAAGAUUGGGGACCGGAGGAGUUGAUGAAAUAAAGGCACACCCAUGGUUUAAUGGGGUUCAAUGGGAUAUGUUGUAUGAAAUGGAAGCUGCUUAUAAACCAAUUGUCACCGGUGAAUUGGAUACUCAGAAUUUUGAGAAGUUUCCUGAAGUGGAAGAUGCUCAGUCAACAACACCAAGAGUGGGCCCAUGGAGAAAGAUGUUAACAUCAAAAGACUCCAAUUUCAUUGGAUAUACCUUCAAAAAAUCGGAUAUGUUGAAAUCAGGUGGAACUUCAGGAAUAGAUAUGAGGUCAAAUGGACCUACAAAGCCCCCAUCAUUGGUCUCCUUGUUUGGUCAUAUGGAUUUGAAAGGAACAGCAUUACCCGAGGAAGACCAAGAGCACAAAAGUUGACUUCACCCUCUGGUUUUUAUAUGCAAGAAUUUAGAUCUCACACACGCUUUUAUUCAAGACUGUUUAUUGUAAAAAUACAACAAUUUCAGAAUACAAUUUUGAGUGUUAUUAUUUACUUCAUAAUCUGCUAUAAUAGUACAGUUUCCAAGUUAGUGUUUUUAUUUUUAUUUUUUCAUGUGAUAUGAUUUGAAAUGAUGAUCUUAGAAAACAUGGUAUUUCCAUAUGUAUCAAGCC